UAUAAAACGAUUUAAACCGUAUUUUCAGUUUUUAAUUAAGCAUACGAAUAGAGGGUAUUAAUAAUGCACUUUUUAAACGUGAUCGAUUUUUUUCAGAUUAGAAAAAGGUGAAAUAUGUAGGAUUAAGACUACAUAACAAAUAUAAACAUUACAAAAAAAACUUACAUAAUUUCGUGUUACCCUUUCCAUAGAUAUUGCUAUUGUCUUGGCAUGCAAAGAUUAGAUACUACUGCUUAUUCUUGAAGUCCUUGACGAUUUCUAUUCUAUGCUUUUCUUUUUACGAAAUCUGUUCAUAAAAAGGAGCUUAUUAUAUCAGUAAAUUGCUAUGGAGACUGAUCCUCAAUAUACUUCAGAUUCAUUUAUUCCUAUUGCGGAAUGCUCCAAACCUACGGAAGUAUCAAAUAUUAAAAAAUAUGACUGUGAAUCCUUCAAGUCUAAGCGUGUAUCCAAGAUGUCCAAAUCUCCAGGUCAAUUUACGAUGUUGCCAUGGAAAAAAAAACCUAUUUAUCGAUGUGGUAUAGUGGGUUUACACCAAGAAAUUAAUGAUUUUUUUACAUUCAUGAGUCAUACUACGGAAGAAGCGGAAGUGAGAUUAAAAGUCAUUGAGCACAUCACCAGAAUUGUUCAUUCGCUGUGGCCUCAAGCAAAGGUUGAAGUAUUUGGUAGUUUUAGAACAGGUCUUUACCUUCCAUCCAGUGAUAUUGAUUUAGUUGUAACUGGAGAAUGGAAAUGUGUACCCCUGAGCACAUUAAGUGAAGCUUUGCUAAGAAAUGGCAUUGAAGAAGAUGAUAUAACCAUUAUUCCCCAUGCAUCAGUACCAAUUGUAAAAAUGAUUCAUACUUCAUCAAAAAUACGAGUUGAUAUUAGCUUCAAUGCGUCCAAUGGUGGAAAAUCAGCAAAGUUUAUUAAAAACAAUAUCAAAGAAUAUCCACCAUUACCAAAACUGGUAUUAGUACUCAAGCAGUUUUUGAUUCAUAGAGGUUUGAAUGAAGUUUUCACAGGAGGAAUGAACUCCUAUUGUUUGACGUUGCUGGUCAUUAGCUUUUUACAGGGAUUUUAUAAACCAAAAUGUUAUCCAUCAACUAAUCUGGGAACAAUGUUAAUGGAAUUUUUUGAACACUAUGGUGUGAAUUUUAAUUAUGAACGUGUGUCAAUUCAUUUUGACAAUGGGGGAAAGUAUCUGCCGAAGAAUAGAGAUUCUGGAUCCUAUUUGACUGUAGAAGAUCCGUUUAUAGCUGGUCGUGAUAUUGCCAAAGGAACUUAUUUGAUGCACCAGAUUAAAGGUUCUUUUCAAAAUGCCUUUCAUACUCUCCACAGAGCUGUUAUUGAUAGUAUGAAUAAAAACACGCCUGCACACAGUUACCUUGACCUAAUUUUGAAAGUGGAUGAAGAGGUUCUGAUAAAUCGUAAUUGGACGCAGGAGAACUACUCUUUUAUUCUGAGGUCUAUAUCGAGAUACUUGAGAGAUGAAAAUGAACUAGAUACUACACCUAUAAGCAAAAAAGAAAAAAAGAGGAAAAAAAGUCAAAAUUCUGCAUUAGACUUUUUUAGGUAACAUCACUAUGAAAUAGACUCUGCUUUUAUUGGGCUAUGCUGUAAAUUAUUUUGUUGUAAAUAAUAAAA